AUGGCGGCGGCGGCGGCUCUCGGCCUCGAGCGCGGCGGCUGUUGGUGGCCGUUGAAGAGGUACGGCAGACUGGAGUCCGCCACCGCCGGCCCCGCGCCAGGGGUCUGGAAGACCUUCGAAUCCUGCCAAGAAAAGGGUCUCCUCAGCUUAACUCUGGUUGAAUCGGGACAUUUUCUCAUCGCUCAAGGGCCAACGCUACUGGAAGGAUUUUCCCUAAUUGAAGCUCCCAACUGGUUGAGAGCAGAACGUAAAGGUGAUUGUGUACUCUUUGGGUCAAAAAUUAAGAAUGCAAGUCGUAUGUUUCGAGUGCAAUUCAAUGGUGAUUCAAAGGAACAGGCUCAGGAGCACUGCUCUGGCUGUAUACAGAAACUCCUUCAGUACAUAAAUGUAGAAAAUCCCAAUGGAAAAAUUCAGGACCAAACUCCCUUGACACUAAGCCAAGCCACAAACAGCAAGCAGUCUGAAACUUCGGGGCUCGAGGAAGGAGAAGUGAGGACAUGCAGUGCAGAGGAGGAACAACCAAUAACACAGAACAGAUUGUGCAUCAGACAACUGGCACAGUCCAUGUUGGGAGAAGCAUCUCUUGAACUGCCCUUGGUAUAUCAGCAGUCAGCACUCAACACAGAAGAGCUGGGUCCUUUCCUGCGGCUCUCUCUAAUGGAUCAGCACUUCCCAGCGUUUGUGGAACAGGUAGAAUGUGAGCUCAGAAAGGUGAUUAAUGAGUAGAAAAGGAGCAGAACAGGAAGAGGUUUUACAACAAUUUAUCUCUUGAAGAAACCGAAUGAAACGGGCAUUGUUGAAAUAUUAUUAUUCUACUUAAAAUUGCCUGUAAAGGAAAGUUAAUUCCAAUUGUUAAUGUUCAUAAAUUCAACCGACUGCUGAUGAUAUGCAGUAAUACUGUAUUUAAUUUUUAGAUUUUAAUUAUUAGUAUGUCACAUUUUCUAGCAUGUUUUCAAUAAACGUUAAGCAAUUUCACAAUUAAA